CAAUUCAACUCGUAACGUAACAGUUAUCCGUAUCGAGAAGCAUAAAUUUAGUUAGGAAUGUGGGAUGGUUUUAAAUGGCCUUCAAUGUAAACUGGAGCAAUCCAUUUUACUUUCGUUUGGCUAAAGGAUUAUGACCGGAUCGUUGAAAGACACGGGUUGAGGAUUAUCGUUGUGAUGCAAUGGGGAAUGUCAGUUGUAAUUAGUUUAAAAUGUGCCAUCGUACACCAAGCAAGGGGUAACUCUGUUUCUUACUUGACUUCGAACUGCAUAGAAAACCAUAAAAAUGUCGCAAUGGGUGAUAAAACCAACAAUUCAAGAAGUGAAUAACGUCUACAGAAUAAAGCGAGACUAUAGAGGUGCAGUGUAAUCUUUCGCAAACAACUGCACACACAGAGAGAAAAAAAAACAUUUCAACGCUCAUUAGGGUUAGGAAGAAAGCAAUACAAUUACGCAAGUAGAAUAUCUAGAUAAUCCUACGGCAGUAGAUAAGCAUUCUGGCGGCAACGUGAAACCCAUUUUCCACAAACCAUUUCAGUCGUUGGCUCGAUCCGACCGCGCAACGAUCCUCCGUUUGACAGUACUCGAAUAAAACCGGUUCGUGCGCAUCGUUCGUUUGACAGUUGGUGUUGCAUCGUUCGAACCGUGAAGUGUAUGCAUGAAGAAUUAUUGCAUGCCGAUGCACUAUGGCAGACACUGAAGAUGCUCUGCUAGACUGACAAUUAUAGACAUCGUUAUUUGCAAAGUAAGGUAGAAAAAAAGUGUAAAAUAGUGAUUUUUCACCAUGUAAGAAGUGAAACAAAAAAAAGGACCAAAAAACGUAACAUUACGCGUAGUAAAACAUUCUACGCACAGGCGUGCGCCAAUUGCGGUGCGGUGUACACUUACGCGGAUAUCCCAUUUUGGUGUGUGAAAAAAAAAACGCAUAACGAAACACACACACACUCACACAGAGAAGAACGUUGCUCGCGUGAAAAGUGAAAGAGCACGUGAGAGAGAAGAUAAACUAUGAUCAAGCUAAAAUCAUUGUUCCGUAGAGGGCAAGGUCCAUCGGGACCGAAACAUCAGCCACAGCAGCCGGUAUCCUCGGUGAGCGUUGCUGCCGCGACCGGCUCGGGCCAUGCGGAAGGUGUCACCGGUAACGUGCACGGAGCAGUAAACGGUGGUGCGUUGCUGAAGAGUGCCGCUUCGGCAUCGAGCCUUGAGUAUCCGGUCGCUUCGAAACCGGUACAAUCCGCACGGGGCACCGGACACCAGCAGCAGCGUUUCAACGGGUCGAAGGAAAAGCUGGACCACGCUCACCAUCACCACCACCUGCACCACCAUCAUCACCAGCCGCAUCUGCACACGCAACAUCACCAUCCCCAUACGCAGCACAGCCGAACGGCAUCGGGCCAGAUGGCGCAAAUGGCAACCGUGUCGACGAAUCACUUGAACAAAUUCCCACCGGGCGGCAGUGGAGCGUCCGGGUCGGCGACGGCCGGGGAUGAUGGUUUACUGAACGAGCGUGGCGUCGACAUCGGAAGUAGCGGGCUGAGCUCGAGCAUGGAACAGCUGACCGCUAUCAGUUUCGUGGGCCCAGAAAAGGCGGCAGCCGGUAGUCGUAAGGAGCAGCAGCAGCAGCAGCAACAACAGCAAACAUCACCUAGCAAAAGCCGUGUGGCCGAACUGCAGGUGCAUCUGGAGAAGCUGCAGUCCGAAAAUCUCCGGCUCGAGAAGAAGGUGCACGAGAUGACGAGUUGCCAGGAGGAGCUGUUGCUGUUGCGUGACGAAAUCGUGCAGCUAAAGGCAUCGCACGAGCAGAGCAACGGUGAGCUGCAUCGGUUGCUGAACGAGAACGAAUCCCUCCGGGAUCGGUUGAAAACGGUCGUCCAGUCGCCGCUGUCCGAUUCGGAAAAGCAGCAGCUCAUACGCAACACGCAACGGUUGCACAGUUCCGCCCCGGCAUCGAUUGCGCUUCCGAAUAACAUGGAUGCUGAAGGUACACCUUGCGUUACGCCCGACUGGGACAAACAAUCGUCCAGCAGCGAAAUAGCGGUGGCGUGUUUGCAAGAUAAAAUUAUUCAGAUGGAGGAAACACAUUAUUCUACGAACGAGGAGCUGCAAGCAACGCUGCAAGAAUUAGCCGAUUUACAGUCGCAAAUAAUGGAGCUACAAACUGACAAUGAAAGGUUGGUGGAGGAAAAGGAUGUCAUCUUCCAGUCACUGUGCCGGCAGACGGAAAAGCUAGAAGAUUCGCGCAUCCAGAUCGGUACGCUCCAGAAGCUACUAUUGCGCGAACCAAACCAGCAGGACGUGGUACCAACGGAACGUGAACAUAAGCUGAUCGAUUUGCUGAAGAUCGCCCAAGAAGAGCGGGAAUGUUUGAUGUUGAAACAGGAAGAACUAAAUGCCGAGCUAAAUGAGCUAAAGGCACUCGUUGACGAACGUAAUGGGGAGGUAACGCGAACGCGUGGUCGCAUCAGUAUGCUGGAAUCAUCACUGGACGCGGCAAACGCCGAGAAGAAGGAUGCAAAUUCGCAGUUGAUGGAAUCGAAGGAAGAUGCAUCGGUUAAGCUGAUCGAGAUAAGCCGAUUGACCACACUGCUCGAGAAUGCGCGGGCCAAAAUUGAUGAACUCGAGCAGGACCGUGCAAUGGGCGACAAAACGGACCUGGAGGAGUUGCUCGAUGUUGCGCGGAAGGAGAAAGAUCAGCUCGAAACGCAGAUUGCGUCCUUCCAGGAGCAGGUAUCGAUCAGUCAGUGCGAAAUCCAGAAGCUCAAAGAUCAACUGGCGCGACUAAACGAGGAAUGCAAAGUCGUGCGAAACAACGCCAAAUGUGUCAUCUCGGACCUGGAGUAUAAGAAUGAAACUGUCACGCAGGAGAAGCAAAAGAUGGCAACCGAUUUUCAACAGUUGCAGGAGUCGAUCAAUGAACUACAGGUUCAAAACAAAUGCCUCCUGGAGGACAAAUCCCAGCUGGAAACGCUGCUGUCGGAAACGCAGAAGCAUCUUGGUGAAACCGAGCGCCAGCUGAUGGAAAAGACUGAGGAACUAAACCAAGAAACUAGACUUAGGCAGCAGGAAGCGGACGAGUGGGAACAUUUCCAGUCGGACCUACUGAUGACGGUACGGGUGGCGAACGAUUUUAAGACUGAAGCACAAAACGCGCGCGAAAAGCUUGCCCUCGACAAUAAGGCACUGCGCGAAAAGGUGCGCGUGCUCGAGCAGCAGAUCGAACAACUGAACAAACAAUCCUUAAAAGGUAUCGGCAAUGCGCACGAUGUUCAGUUGAGUUACGAACGUUUGAACGAUCUUAAGCAAGAUUUGAGUGCUUCGGUAGAAAAUCUAAACACAUUCGAUCGGAAUGUGGAUGAGUUUUCCUAUCGUGUUCAGUUGCUCCGCAAGCAAAUGCACAAUUUUUCGCUCGACCGAAAACCGCCCGCCAGCCUCGUUUCUGGUGGUUUGAAUGAUACAUCCAAGAAAAAGGUUACGAUGCAAUCACCACCGCCACGAGCAGUUCAGGACUCCGAUUCCGAUGUGCCACCACCGUUACCGAAAACAAAACCACCGAAGCUCGUAGUCCGCUUCGCCGACGAACGGUCCAGUGUUGAAACGUUGGACAGCACGGAAUACGACUACAGCGAUUCAGAUCAGGAUGAUUCCGAAGUGGUUGGCACAACGAAGCGAAAAUCGACACCGUUCGAGGACAUUCAGCAGAGCAAGACACCUUCCUCUGAAAGUAUAUCUGAAGCUAGUGUGCUGGCUAGUGACGACGAGAUUUCCAAAGAGGUGGUUGAAUAUCAGGUCAAUUCUCCCGCAUUUCGGCCCAUCGUCGCUUCGCAGAGCACGGAAAAUCUGUUCCAUAGCCCAUACGCUCUGUUUAAACCAAUUCCACGUUUUGCCUCGAAGAGCACGCAGGAUUUGAGUUCCACUGAGCGUGCGGAUGGUUUAUACCAUCGGCAGCAUAAAAAUCGACACCGCGCGCUUAAUACAACGGAUUUUGGUUCAGGUUUGUUCUACUCGAAAAGCACCGACGAUCUUAUCCUACCCGAUAUCGAUAGAUUGACACAGAAGCCAGCAACGAAUCUGAGCAAAUUUCGCAAAUUUCGAUACGAACGCUCGAUAAGUGGAUCCAGCUUGAAUAGUUUAGUUAAACUCGAACGUCAAGAACAACUUUUCCAACGACAGAAGCAGCAGCAACAAGAAACAAGUAAUGAAACAAUUUCGACCCUAAUGCAACCUAACGAAGGGAGUGCAGAUGAUGUUGAAUCAUGGAGUAAACCUUCACUGGGCACUCCUCAAACAGAUUUAGUGGAUGUGUCAGGUUUCCGGCAGCAAAACACGGCGGGAAGUCCGGAUCAUAAGAAUAAACCGGAAAGUCGUAAACCACUGCCUCUUCCUCGAACGGACAGUGAACAGAACCUAGCGACGCAAAAGACAAUCGUGUAUGUUAUUGACGAACAGACAGAACAGUUCGUCCUGGAGGAAGAGCUACAGAAGCGUAAGCAAGAGCGCGCUAAGAAGGAACCCACGAAACAAGUCACGGCCGCACCGAAACUACCAACAAAAAGUAAUACAAAAUUUAUUGCAAAUCGCAAUGUUCCAACUUCUUCUACUGCGACCUCCGAAUCAUUGUAUGAAAACAUUCCUUACCGAAGAAAUUUUGUAACAAAAAGUUAUUCCUUUGACCAUGAUCCUAUGCUAACAUCGAAAGAAACUCAAUCACAGUCACUCAUCACAACCGUGCAACAGGAAAUGGCCGUUCGGCGGCAGCAAAAGUCCGCAAUCCAGCGGCAAGAUUCGCGGCUGUCGGUAAAGAGUCUUAUUGAGAGCAUUGAAAAUUCAGCCAAACAGACCAAAUUAAAUUCCGACUCGCGGUGCAGUUCCAGUUCCAGCAUUAACAGCAUUCCAGCGGACGCAAACCCUACGCUUUCCACAAAACAUUCCUCAAUUAGCAGUACGAACAACAACUCCAUAAACAACAAUGAACACGACAGUAUCAGCAACAAUAUUAGUAAGAGCCACGUAAAUGGCAACAACAAUGACGAAAACAACGUAAUCCAAAUUCCUGUGCAGCCAUCGUCUAUUGUGCAAUCCGCUGCAUUGCCAGCUAAAAGUCCGCUGCGAGAACAGCAGCAACCUACGGUGGGAGGUAACGUGAACAGUAAUUCCAAGCCCAACGCAUCAGCAGACACAGUAAUGUUGAUGAAAAAAUCCAAUCUUAUCACCAGCAACAAUGGUUGCAAUACAACACUAAACCCAGCAAUUAUUUCCCACAAAACGAUGGACUAUGUGCGUCGAAAUAGCUACAAUGACAUAAGCGAACGGAAAGAUCCGUUGAAUGCGUUGGUAAAAAAUGGAGGCUCGAAACGAAAUGCACUGCUGAAAUGGUGCCAAAACAAAACGGUUGGAUAUCGGAAUAUUGACAUCACGAACUUUAGCUCCUCCUGGAAUGAUGGUUUGGCUCUGUGCGCCAUCAUGCACUCCUACCUGCCGGAUCGCAUACCCUACGAUAAGUUGAAUCAGAAUGACAAACGGCGCAACUUUAGUCUAGCGUUUACUGCGGCCGAAAGCGUUGGCAUUCAGACAUCUUUGAGUAUUGAUGAGAUGUGCCUUCAGGAACGACCGGAUUGGCAGCAAGUAAUGGGCUACGUAACGGCCAUCUAUAAACAUUUUGAAACAUAAGACAACAACGGAAACGUGCAUUCCAAUUGCAUAUUUUACCAAUUUUUUACCGUAAAAGGCCUUGAAAUUUGGCUUCGCAAGUGCUGUCGCCGUGUGUAUGUGCUGCUGCAGCUAUAUGGGGCAUCGUAUCCAUCUAUGCUCCUAUUUCGUACUUGUUAUUUAUUUUAUUAGAUUACACUCCCGAAUUGCUUCGCUAUUUGAAACAAAAAUACUAUGAAUGUUGUUGAAAUAUAUACAUAUGAAUAAAAAUG